AUGGAGGAGGACAUCCUGUGGGCGACGUCUGUGGUUGAUAGAAGAGCGGCCCUUGAUGAACGGGAGGAGGCAGAGGGUCAAGUGAGAAAGAUCUCCUCUGAUCUGAGGAGUGAGAUCGUUGAUCUGGGGGGUGCAGAGAACAUUAUUGAGCUGCGUAUGAAGAAGAAGAUCAGGAACAAAACCGCAAAAGCUCCCAAAGACCCAAUGGAUGUUCCGGGACCUGUGGAACAGGAUGAGUUUUUAAAAGCAGCAGCUCAGGGAAAGAUUGAAGUAGUUGAGAAAUUUCUGGAAGAUGGAGGAGAUCCCAACAUCUGUGAUGAGUUCAGGAAAACAGCGCUGCAUCAGGCUGCUUUGGAAGAUCAUGCUAAAAUAGUGGAAAAAUUACUGGACAAAGGUGCUGAUAUCAACUUUAAAGACAGGCUGGACUCCAGAGCUGUACAUUGGGCUUGCAGAGGUGGAAGUCUCUCAGCACUAAAGGCUCUUCAGGACAGAGGAGCUGACAUCAAUGUCAGAGACAAACUGCUUAGCUCACCUUUGCACGUGGCCACACGGACAGGUCACAGUGAUGUGGUCCAACAUCUUCUAACCAGUGGAAGCAAUAUUAAUGCCAAAGAUUGGGAAGGAGACACGGCACUGCAUGAUGCUGUCAGAUUAAAUCGAUAUAAAAUUGUCAAACUCCUUAUACUGGCAGGAGCCGAUAUGCAGAUCAAGAAUGCUGAGGGCAUUACGGCCACAGAACAGGUGAAGCAAUGGCAGUUUGACACGAAGGAGACACUGGAGAAACUAGAACAGAUGUGAGAGGUUGGUCUGUUCUGACAGACUCAUGGAGAUGCAUUGGAUUCAUUAGAGCGUCUGUGAACAGGUGCACAGCUGGGGUACAACCCCACCUCUGUCUGAGUAACUAUUUACUUUCUGUGUUAAUUAGUGCUGAAAGGUGCCUGUCCUCACCAAUUCAUUAGUAUACUGGAUAAAUGAGCUUUUAUUAAUCUAUAUACCAAUGAGGCUUAAAAUGUGUAUUUUUGACAACGGAGUGGGGAUCCAUUUGCAGGAGUUAUUAUUAAAAGAGAGCAUGGUAAAACAGGAAGGGUCCAGAAACGGCAAACAGUAACAGCAGAAACAAGGCAAAAAAGAAUCCAUGUAUCAUUCCUUCAUUCGUAUUUUUUUUAUUUAAUAUU